AUGUCAAACAUCGAAACUCCAACCUGCAACAUUUCUAAAAAUUUGCCAAUGGCAAAGGUUUUGCAGCAAUGUAAACUAAUAGUGUGGGAUGAAUGCACGAUGGUGCAUAAAAAAUCUUUAGAAACUUUAGAUAGAACCUUAAAAGAUUUACGGAACAACCAAAAUCAAUUUGGUGGCGAAAUGAUUUUAUUAUCAGAAGAUUUUAGAAGAUGCCGAGAUUUUCACCAAAAAUUGCCAGUGGUUCCACGUUCAACGAAAUCUGAUGAACUGAAUGCAUGUUUAAAGUCCUCCAAUUUGUGGAACUAUGUCAACGUAUUACACUUAAGCAAGAAUAUGCGUGUCAUGUUAAAAAAUGAUCAAUCUAGAGACAUAUUCUCUAAACAACUCAUUGAUAUUGGUAAUGGCAAAUUUCCUAUAGAUGUGCUGACUGGCAUUUUCUCCACUAUUGAUUCACCUUUUCCGAGAGUUUUUGUCGAUGACAUUCCAGGCAAAAUGAGGACAUAUAAAUCAGUUGAUACGGCAACUAACGAAAAUGAUGUCGUGAACUAUCCACCGGAAUUUUUAAACUUAAUUGGUUUGCUAGGAUUGCCACCUCACAAUCUUCAAUUAAAGGUCGGCGAUAAAAAAUUACUGAAUAACGUAAUAGAAGUAAUCAUAUUGGAAGGAAAAUAUAAAGGAGAAGACGUUUUGAUACUCCGCAUCGCAAUGAUUCCGUCUAAAGUACCAUUCGAGUUUAAACGACUACAGUUUUCAGUACGGCUUGCUUUCGCUAUGACUCUAAAUAAAUCCCAGGGGCAUUCAUUAAGUUUUUGUGGUAUUUAUCUAGAAAAUCUAUGUUUCUUGCAUGGUCAAUUGUAUGUUGCCUGUUCCCGUGUUGGAAAACCAUCUGCUCUAUUUGUUUACGCACCAGCCUGUCAACGAAAAAAUAAUGGACAUCUAAAAAUGGACUUAAAAUGGACUUUCUAUGAUAAAUACUUCAAGUGGACAUAA